AUGUCUGGUCUACUUGGUUACUUCAGCUGGGACAAGAAGAAGGCUGCUGAGCCCAAGAAAGAGAAGACACAGGUCGAGGAGAAGCAACAGCCUAUCCGCGCUCUGCCGGCAUCAUGGUACACAUCACCAGACAUGUACGAAUUCGAGCGACGAUCCAUCUUUUCCAAGCGAUGGCUCUUUAUGACUUCGAAUCUUCGCGUGCCCAAUGUCGGCGACCAUCUCCGAUAUCAGUUUGCCGGCUUCGAUGUCAUCAUCAUCCGCGACCAGGAAAAUGGAAUCAAGGCUUUCCAUAACACAUCCAAGCAGUCUCAGCAAGUGCUCAUCGACAACGAGACCAAGGAUAACUCGGGACACGUGGACCUGGCUGUAUUCUCAACCACUGCAGACAACGUCUUCCCCAUUCACACCAAGAUUGACCGGAACGGGUUCAUAUGGAUCAAUCUGGAUGCUAAGAAGACCCCAGACGUUACCUUUGAUCAGUAUUUCAAGGAUGUUGAUGUGCAGGAGCGCUAUGCAAGCAUCAAUUUCGAGAACUACCAUCUCGACCAUGUUUACACACUCGAGACUGAGUACAAUUGGAAGAUUGCAUCUGACAAUUUCAACGAAUGCUACCACUGUCCAACAACACACCCCGACAUUCCCGCCUUCCUCAACCUCGAUUCUUUCGAUAGCGCGCUCAAGGAUGGCCACAUCCAGCACGCCUGUGCACCCACCCAGGAACAGGUCGAUACCGGUGUCAACGUGCACAGCACAUACUACUUCCCCAACGCCUCCAUGACCGUCGGCAAGCAUUUCCUCAUGGUCCAGAAGUUCAUGCCCGACUCCCCCGUCACAUCAACAUCCCACUACGAAAUCUUCAAGUGCAAGGACUCGACUGAAGAAGAGUUCCACCUCAUCGCCGACAUGUACGAGCGCGUUAUGCGCGAAGACAAAGUGCUGUGCACCAACGCACAAGCCAACCUGAACCGCGGUGUGUUCAGAGCGGGCCUCUUACAUCCCCAAUACGAAAAAGCGCCCAUCUUCUUCCAGCAGAGUUGCCGCCAAGUCGUUGCUGAGCACGGGAAGAAGGAAAAGGAAGAAUGCAGGGCGAUCCACCCUGCUCAGCAGCCUGGGCUCAGCCUUGACGCACCGAGAGUUGUGGAUACCGAUUUCGUGGACCGAAUCAAGCAGGCGGGGCAGAAGGAGGUGCUGGCAUGGUAA